UUGCGAUCCCCCACAGGGUACCAUCCCUUGUGUCCGUAAAUACCUACGGCGAUUGACCCUUUGUACAGAUCGAGUCGAGCCCUGGACUCCCUUCUGGGAUUCUGAGAUCUGGACUUUGAUCUAUCUCGCCCAGGAUUCCAGAGCCACCACCGAGUGCAGCGCAGACAGACGUACUACAUAGUACAAGAACAGCCGCAUCCAGACCAGGGAAUGCCAGGUUGCAACGCACCAGCCCCAACCGCCUGCAGUCCGCAUCCCGAAUACCACCUUGGCCCCGAAAAGCCUGAAAGCUAAGUAAAGUGCGUGGUACCCCUACGAGAGCGGGAACGUCAUCGGCAUCUGCAUUGCCUUUUCCAGAUCCAGCGCCCGACAGGCAUAGAUGCCCUUAUUUCGCAGCAAUCAACCUGCUUCAAAGGCCUUGUGCCCGCCCAGGGGUCGACGGUCCUCUGCUGUCCUCCUCGAGCCAACCAUUCUCGCAGCGCCACCCAGGUUGGGAGACGAACCAAGCUUGGCCUCGCAGCUGCGUCCUCCCACGAAGCGCUGCCAGCGAAUCAUUGGCCCCACCGGCUUGCAGCAUCCCGGGCCAGCGUCUCCUCUGACGAAGCGCUUCACCCAAUCUCUAGACGCCAGGCGGGACCGCGCCGUCGCCUGCGGAUCUCGAGUUCUGGAAAUAAUUCACUUUACCCGCGCGGGCUUGCACUCAUCAGUGCAUCCUGCGGCAGCGAGCCCGACACCCCUGCCCACGAGCUCGUGUAUUAAGCUGGCAGCGGACCCUGAAAACCGGCGAGGGAGCUCUUCUUGAAAGGCUCAUCUGUCCACGACAGCUUCCACCCAGGGUCGCAUUGCCCAAGCUCUCUUUCCUCGUUUAUCCCCUUUUUCAUUUCCUACGUUUCCUCCUACAUUCGACAAUUACUCCGCUGGACCGGACUUCUGCCGACAAUCUUCUCGUAAUUCAUCCUCAAGCCCCCUUCGUUUUUGGCAUUGUCCCCGGCGGGCAUUGAAGAAUAAUAGAGCACGGGGCACGCGAUCGCUCCUCGAAUUAGAAGUCUGACUCGCCCACUGGCCGGCGCUAUCGAAACUGCCGUCGACGCCAGCCCCAGCAGCCCCGGAUUCACCCCGCUAGACGGACCUGGGCCAGGAGCUCAUCCAAGUGAGAAAACACCAAGACUUCACUGUUCGGUCGAAACAUCAAACUUUUGAUCUGCUCCUCUUUUUUUGAGUGGCUGCUGCGGACUCGUUUGGGAGCAACCUUUCCCCCCCCUCGGUGCGGACCCGUUUUCGCAAUCGGCCUCAGCCACUCCAGCGACCGAGGUCAAGUUUGUCAAUACGACAAUCGCAGUUGCCACCACCCAGUUUCGCUCGUCGCUUCACCAGCAGCCCACCGUCGAUCGGCCGCCACACGACAACAGGCACACUGCAGGUCACAGGCCAAGCUCCCCGUCUCAGGACCACCUACAGAGUUUCGGCUGCUGUCAAACUCGCACAAGGGCCAUUUCAGAGCGUCCUGAGUGGACUUUGACCUCGCUGGACUGAGACAAGGCGCAAGACAGAGUGAGCACCUGAGAGCGAAUCGCUGCUUGAUCUACGGCCAGACCGUCUUGCAUUUCGAGUCAGGCCUGCUUUUCUCGUGGCCCCCUCUCUGGCAGCCCGUUGAGUGCGUUGAGCCAGUCACAGCGCCGUCUUUCCCUCCCUCUGCGCCUUGCCCCCGACGCGAUCGACCCGGCCUUCGCCAAGGUCCAGCCUGCACUACCAGAGCACCGGUGCUACAGCGUCCACAGAACAGAGCCCAGCCCAAAAAGCCUGAAAGCCAGAACGGUCGAUCGCUGACUAGGCCCAUCCCCCCUUCACACCACCUGUCACCCCACCGCGCCCACCGCCCACCCCUGCGCCCACCCUGCUGCAGGGCGCCGUACGUACCCAAGUACCGCCGGACCAGACUAUACCUCGGGAUCGCUCUUCCCUGUCGCCUGCCCCGACCACCCCAGGGAACCCCUGUGCACUCGCAUCAACCACCCCUCCCAUACUCAGCCUCGUGGGCCCAGCGAGUCGCACGUCACCCUCUGACGAACAAGCCGUACAAGCCCCAGCUCAGGAGGCCCAUCUACGCCUGACCCCAAGCGCCCCACCGGCCAAGGCCCAGGACAAGUCACUUCCGUUGCAACCCGCCUCAGGAAGCAGCUCACGCCCACAUCUUACAUCUCACUCUUUUUAAAGUCCCACACCGGACUUCACACCAAGAUACUCCGGCAACUUAGCCACAUGAAACUUUGCCGCACCUAGGCUUUUUUACCACGACCCUUGACUCGCAUCAGCUGGCACGGCAUUCAGUACUACCACACCGCACUUCGCCCAACACCCGCAUAAAUCCAUUACUGGGAAUAACAGCAACCGAAGAUCCUUUGACUGCUGACACCUUUUUUCCACGCUCCCAUUUUCCUGGCUCCUAUUUCCCCACCGGCACUCCCGUUCUCAAGAGCUUCCCAAGGAAAAUCCCCGAGCGUUCUCCUCUCCUCGCAGACCAAGGAGAAGACAAAGUGAAGCCUCUCCGCCAAGGGGCUACAGCUCACACAUUUCACACUCACAUCACAUCAAAGCUCACCAUGGCUUCACAAAUACGACAGUCGCAAGCAUCUUCGGCAUGCUCGACUCUCAGCAUCGACGAGCUCAACGCUGCCGCCCUGGACCACUUCAUCUACACGCCCGUAUCGAGGAGCAUGAUCUCAUAUCUCGCCUCUGCAGCAUGUAGCGUCAUCCAGUGCGACCCGAAAAUGAUGCCACCACCACCAACCACGGCGCCGCAGAACUCCAGAUUGCCACCCACGCCUCCAAAGACCCCGCCACCACGCGCUGUACCGGCAGAAGAUGCUGGACUGCCCACCCUUGAGGAAUUCAUUACGCAGCUCGUCGUCUCGUCAAACGUCCAGGUGCCGACGCUCAUGUCAACCCUGGUCUAUCUCAACCGCCUCCGGUCCCGCCUGCAACCCAUGGCAAAGGGUCUCCGCUGCACAACGCACAGGAUCUUCCUGGCCUCGCUAAUCCUGGCAGCAAAGUACCUGAACGACAGCUCGCCCAAGAACAAGCACUGGGCCAACUACUCGGUGAUGCCCUGUGCGGGCUUCUCUUUUGGAUUCUCACGGACCGAGGUCAACCUGAUGGAGAAGCAGCUGCUGUUCCUGCUGGACUGGGAUCUGCGCAUCACGGAGGAGGAUCUGUACCGCGAGUUGGACCCAUUCCUGGCUCCACUUCGAGAUGACGUGGCUGCACGCCACGAGCGCAGGCAGCGCAGGAAGGCAGCCCAGCAGGCCGCCGAGGAGGAGCGGAGGCGCAUCGAGGAGGAGGAAGCGGCGGCGGCAGCAUGGCUUGCGGCGCAGACUGCGAGCAAGAACAUCUACUCGACACCCCCGGCAACGCCCGAGUCCAGGUCUAGGUGCUCGUCUAGGCAGAUAAGGCAGGAGAGCCCAGACUCGCUCCCCGGCCUGAGCAGCAGCUACGGAUCGCGCAGCAUCCACAGCUCGCAUAGUUCUCACUCGUACGCGUCUUCGCUCUCGUCAUCGCGGGGCAGCGAGGCGACCACGCCGCUGUCUUCAGACGGCGAGGCGCCCUACAUCUACGACGGCAUGCUCCACACGGGCAGCCUUUACGACCCGCCCGUGGAGAUCGUCCUGGAGCAGCCCAAGCAACAGCCGAUGCUGAGCCGGCCCGCACCCGCACUGACAAAGCAGAGGUCGCUCCUCCCCUACGAGAUCAGCGCCGAGGAGCUGAGGGACCUGCAGGAGGGCGGCAGCCGGGUCAAGAGGAUGAGGGGCAUGCUCGGCCGUGUGUUCGGCGGCUCCAAUGCCACCGCACGGUAAUGGCAAUUCUGAGGGCAAUCAAAUUCAACCACGACUGUCUUUGCAGCGACACGAAUAGACGGCACACACAAAGCAUACAUAGGUGUUUAUGGCGGGAAGGAUCUGUGCUUUUCGUUCUUUUAAUGCGCUUCCGCAUGGCGUUUCAGGAGGGGAACUCUGGAUCACGGUACGAUCGACGACUACUUUUUCCUAAUAAUAUCACUGCUGGGGAGACCAGUGAUCACUCUGGAGCAAAAAGUGUGGAAUGUUUUCGGUCUUUUUUUUUUCAACCUUGCGCACGUGCAUGGGGCAGGGUAUGAGAGGGAGAUGUGAUGGUCAUAGCAUGAAGAGCGAGCAUGGGGGAAGAGAGAGAUGGAUGAUUGGAUUCGUGAUACCAUCUGCAUAGUUCUUUUGUCCAUCUUGAUGAGCCCAGGCAGAAUUCAUCAAUAUGAGAGACCAACAGCCAGACCACAAUUGGUCUCGGCGCAAACCA